UCGAGUCAGGGUGGACUGCUCAGUGCAGGAGGGAUUUUCUGCUCACAUGCGCGGCACCUCGGUGUGGAACUGCCAGAGGAGGAGAGUUUUGACUUCUUUUUGUUUUUGGAGGUGGCACACAUGUGAAAAGGUGAAGGAGCUUCAGGAGCAUCGGUCACGGACAUGGGUCACAUUGAUGGUGCCACUCUACUAGCGUUUGGUGCCGUCGUGUGUGCAGCUCUGCUGUGCGACUCUGGUGCCAGCUUCAUCAGGACCGCACACGGGAUGGACGCAUCUCACGAGUGUCCCGACAACAAAAUCCUAACUGUGGAGUAUCCCUGCAUCCAAGCUGGAGGGAAGACCACUAAAUGCUUCAGGAGGAAAUGCUGUGAAGGCUUCAGGUUCGUUAUGGGCCAAUGCAUACCUGAAAGUGUGGACGUGUGCGCCGCGUCGCCGUGCGAACAGCAGUGCACAGACAACUUUGGACGGGUGGUGUGCACUUGCUACCCAGGUUAUCGCUUCGACCGAGAGAGACACCAAAGACACUUGUCUCCUUAUUGUCUGGAUAUCGAUGAGUGCGAGGAGUCGGAUGGUGCCGUGUGUGAGCAUGAAUGCGUCAACACAGGCGGCAGCUUCCUGUGUCAAUGCCACAGUGGAUACAUUCUGGCUCCCGAUCAGCAUUCCUGCAUCGCUAUACACAACCUGAGUUCAACAGGGAAGUCUGACACACUGAUGAGUGCAGGCACCUGCUCCUUUACCUGCCAGGACUUCAACAACAUGAAAAGCAAUCUGCUGCAAAUAAAACUACAGCUGGCAAAUUCACAGGUUCCUGACCUCCUGGCCAGCCGCAGUGUUAAACCUCAUCGUGGAAGGCCAGGAAAAACUCCUGAAAGAUCCUGUCGUCCUGGUUUACCUGGACCUCCGGGACCUCCUGGGGUCCCAGGUCACCCAGGGGAACCAGGAGCUCGAGGGGACCCAGGCGGGGGAGGCCCUCCAGGGCCUCGGGGUCUCCGGGGGGAUAUUGGGCCUAUGGGUCCAGAGCCUGAUCUGAGGCACAUCAAAAGAGGACGCAGAGGACCAGUGGGACCACCCGGGGCGCCCGGAAGAGACGGCUCAAAGGGUGCGAGAGGAGCCAAUGGUCCUAGUGGUCCACCUGGUCCUCCAGGCUCUUUCGACUUCCUGCUUCUGAUGAUGGCCGACAUCCGCAACGACAUCAUUGAGCUGCAGGAGAAGGUCUUCGGAGAGAAGAAAGGCAUCUUGUUGGACUCUUCUCCCUCCGGCGGGGAGGCGGACUUCGCCGAGUGGGGGUCCGGCCAGGGGGACCUCAUGUUCAGCACCUGAAUCCUUUUGGAACGCCCCUGGUGAAAUUCUUAAAAAAAAAAAAAAAAAAAAACAUGGAGGAUUGCGAAAGGACACAAAGGACUUGAAAGGACAAGCAUCUUCUCUCCACCUGCUGCAGGCAAUCAUGAAAACCACGAAGCUUCUUUGGAAUUACAAUUUUUUAUUGACAUUGCAUAGUGCAAUCUGUGUGUGUGUGUGCGUGUGUGCGAGCGUGUCUGUCGCGGGAAAUGAAGUCAUAUUUUCAGGAUCUCGUUUGUUCAAUUAAAAAAAAGACUAUUAAGAGCAAAAUAUGUCACUAAGAAAAGGUGUCAGUACAAUGAGCUCAGGUCCCUUUUCAAGAAAAAAAGUUUUUUUUUUUUGGGGGGGGGCGGUUCCUUUUAGAAUUAAGUCACACUUGUUCUAAGAAAAGAAUUAAAGUCACUGUUUCAUGUGAAAACUCAUCUCAAAAUGAAAACCAAUAGUAGGUGACUGAAACCCCUAGGAAAAUAUAUAGUAUUAAAAAAAGUGAAAUGACGUUUUUAGCAGAAAAAAUAUUAUGAAGACAAUUAUAUGAGAAGUAAAUAGUAUUUC